AGCCUGUGGCGGUUACACCAUUUCCCGAGGGAUGCCGCGUGUGAGCUCAGGGUUGGCGAAUGCCCAGGGGAUGCCAUCAGCAAGCCCUCUUCAUCGCCCCGCCCCUCCUGGAGGCUCAUAAAAGCCCAGGGCCCUGGGGGCUCCCCGCCACCUGUGUCCUCUGCCCCCCACACGCUCGAGUCUACCUCAGGAGCUCCUCCGGCCGUCAUCCUCACUCGCCAUGUCUCGGCAGUCCUCCGUCACCUUCCAGACCAGCAGCCGUAGGGGCUUCAGCACCGCAUCGGCCACCACCCCAGCAGCUGGCCGCUCACGCUUCAGCUCUGUGUCUGUGGCCCACUCCACCGGGGGCAGCGGGGGUCUGGGAAGGAUCGGCAGCACUGGGGCUGGCUUUGGAAGCCGCAGCCUCUACAACCUGGGGGGCACCAAGCGGGUCUCCAUUGGUGCGUGCAGCAGUGGGUUCCGGAGUGGCUUUGGCAGCCGGGCUAGCGGCGGGUUUGGGGUCAACAGUGGAUUUGGCUAUGGGAGUGGAGUCGGAGGGGGCUUUGGAGGCCCUGGCUUCCCUGUCUGCCUCUCUGGAGGCAUCCCAGAGGUCACCAUCAACCAGAGUCUCCUGACGCCUCUCAACCUGCAAAUCGACCCCACCAUCCAGCGGGUGCGGAAGGAGGAGCGUGAGCAGAUCAAGACCCUCAACAACAAGUUCGCCUCCUUCAUCGACAAGGUGCGGUUCCUGGAGCAGCAGAAUAAGGUUCUGGAGACCAAGUGGACCCUCCUGCAGGAGCAGGGCUCCAGGACCGUGAGGCAGAACCUGGAGCCCUUUUUUGACACCUACAUCAGUGACCUCCGGCGGCAGUUGGACAGUAUCACCACAGAGCGGGGCAGGCUCGAGGCUGAGCUGAGGAACAUGCAGGAUGUUGUAGAAGAUUUUAAAGUCAGGUAUGAAGACGAGAUUAACAAGCGCACAGCUGCAGAGAAUGAGUUUGUGGCCCUGAAGAAGGAUGUGGAUGGCGCCUACAUGAACAAGGUGGAGCUGGAGACCAAGGUCAAGUCUCUGGCCGAUGAGACCAACUUCCUUCAUUUGGUCUUCGAGGCAGAGCUGUCCCAGAUGCAGACCCAGGUCAGCGACACAUCUGUGGUCCUGUCUAUGGACAACAACCGCAACCUGGACCUGGACAGCAUCAUCGCUGAGGUCAAGGCCCAGUACGAGGACAUCGCCAACCGCAGCCGGGCUGAGGCUGAGUCCUGGUACCAGACCAAGUACGAGGAGCUGCAGGUCACGGCAGGCAGACACGGGGAUGACCUCCGCAACACCAAGCAGGAGAUCUCCGAGAUGAACCGCAUGAUCCAGCGGCUGAGAGCCGAGAUCGAUGGUGUCAAGAAGCAGUGUUCCAGCCUGCAAACAGCCAUCGCUGACGCAGAACAGCGAGGAGAACUGGCCCUCAAGGACGCCCGAGCCAAGCUGGUGGACCUGGAGGAUGCCCUGCAGAAGGCCAAGCAGGACAUGGCGCGGCUGCUGCGCGAGUACCAGGAGCUCAUGAACGUGAAGCUGGCCCUGGACGUGGAGAUCGCCACCUACCGCAAGCUGCUAGAGGGCGAGGAGUGCAGGCUGAGCGGAGAGGGAGUUUCCCCUGUCAACAUCUCUGUGGUCACCAACACUGUGUCCAACGGCUACGGUGGUGGCAGCGGCAUUGGAGGUGGAAGCCUGGGUCUGGGUGGGGGCAGUGGCUACUCCCUCACCACUAGCGGUGGGCACAGCCUGGGGGGCUCUGGCUUUAGUGCCAGCAGCAGCCGGGGCCUAGGGGGCAGCGGCUCUAGCAUCAAGUUUGUCUCCCCAGGCCCACUUGGGGGUGCUGGCUAUGGGCUGAGUGUCAGAGCACAGAGUACAGAGCGGGGAGCCUGCAGUGGGGAUGGAUUUGGAGGAGGAGUGACUCCCAGAGCUGGAGACAUCCAUGUGGUCACUGUCAACCAGCGUAUCCACAACCCUAUGCAGUUACUGUCAACCAGUGUCCUCGGCCCCCUCCACCUGGAGGCCAGUCCUUCUCUCCAGCGGGUGUGGAAGGAGGAGAAGGAGCAGAUCAAGAGUCCCAAUGAUAAGUUCACCUCCUUCACCAUCAAGGAGCUGGCGUUCUCCCACCUAACUCAUAGACAGAGGGGGUGGAGCUCACCCAGGGAGGGUGGGUCCCAGAGCAAUAGCAUGUUCUGUGCCCAGGACAUGGAUGCCACCUAUGUGGGCAAGGUGGACCUGGAGGCCAAGGUGGACACUGUAAGGAGCAUCAUCACCAAGGUCAAGGCACAGGAUGAAGACAUUGCCAACCAUGGCCAGUUCUGCUACCAAAUCAAAGUGAGGAGUCAAGGUCAAGUCAAGAACCAGUUGAAAGGGCUGGAGGUGGCCCUGCAGGAGGCCAAGCAGGACAUGGUGCGGCUGCUGCAUGAGGACCAGGAGCUCAAGGACGUCAAGGAGGAUUGUUUGGAGCAAGGUGUCAUGGGAGGGGGCAGGCACGAGGAUAAGACCCUGCCAUGUGCCAUGUGCCUUUUCUCCACAGCCGUGGCCUCUUACUAUGGGAACACAGACCACAGUGGUGGUGGCAGCCUCUGUGGAGGCAGAGGCAGCUACAGCAGUGACCUCUGCUCUACCAGCAGAAACAGCAGCUUCAGCCCCUUCAGUGGUUGCAGUGUCGGUGGAAAGAGGACAGGAGGAUUUUUACAGGGCCCCCCAGCGCCGGCCAUUGGCCCUGUCUCCUUGCCCUUCGAUACCAUAAUUAUCCACCGGGCUACUCAGCGCUGCCGAUAG